UUCCGCUCUUUUUACCUCCUCCGCAAAAAGAUUGGCUCCGAACCUGGAGUUCUUCCGCCACGCUCAACACGAGGGGUCACUGCAAGAGCGGCGAACCGGGGGUGUGGCUUGGGCAGCGGCAACCGCUGAUUGGCAGUGAAGGGGUUCACGCCCCAUCUCCUGCUCGAGCAGAACCAGAACAGCCAAUCAGAGCGAGGGCUGAUGGAAACGACCCAAUCCUGGAGACGGGCUGAGAGUGGGGGCGGGGCAAGUGGUUCAGGUGGAUUCAGGACUGGAGCUGUGCUGGGGAAGCUUCUUGCUCUUGCUGCUGCUGCUGCUGUUCUUGGGAGUCCAAUCGCUAGGCAAAAAGCCCUCUCCGAUUUGAGGGGAGCCAUGAGCCGGUUCCUGAAUGUGUUACGAAGCUGGCUGGUUAUGGUGUCCAUCAUCGCCAUGGGGAACACGCUACAGAGCUUCCGAGACCACACCUUUCUCUAUGAAAAGCUCUACACUGGCAAGCCAGACCUCGUGAAUGGCCUCCAAGCUCGGACCUUUGGAAUCUGGACGCUACUCUCAUCAGUGAUUCGCUGCCUCUGCGCUAUCGACAUUCACAACAAGAUGCUCUACCACAUCACGCUCUGGACCUUCCUCCUCGCCCUGGGGCACUUCCUCUCCGAAUUGUUUGUAUAUGGGACCGCAGCUCCCACCAUUGGCGUCCUGGCACCCCUCAUGGUGGCAAGUUUCUCAAUCCUGGGAAUGCUAGUGGGGCUCCGGUACCUAGAAGCAGAACCAGGAUCCAGACAGAAGAAGAGGAACUGAGGCCAACAUCACCACGUCCGAGACUUCAUCCUCCACCUUUGCUAGCCUCUUCCUUCACCCUCUUUGCUCUUAAAUUUCUUUUCUGCUCCAUCUUCCACUUCUAGUCCCUUCCUUUUUUUUCCUUUAAUUUAAAAUUUUUUAAGAUAUUUAAAUAUGCCUACGGCAAGUCGGUGCCAUUUAAAUGUAUGUACCAUUUAAAGAAUCAUUUUAAAAUGAAUACUCUGUACCUCCAUCCAAAUCAAGAAAUCGCCAGCACAUCCGAAGCCCACUGUGUGCCCUUCCCCCACCCACAGCCUCUUCCGGGACCCCUUUUCCAGCCUUCUGCUUUUUUCCUUUUAUCUUCACCCGACGAUUUGACUUGUAUGGUGGGAACACGUGAACUGUGAAACUUAAAGCUGCUGCCGCACCCACAGCAGCUGCCACCAAGGGCUGCUUCGAGGGGGUGUCAACCCACGUUGGGCUCCUCUCUGCUGCUGGACCCAGGACUCUGAACCAUCCAGGGGACAGGCAGCUCUUCUAAGAAGAAGGGCUCCCCUGCAAGUGAGCAUGGCUCCUUACCCUUGUGCCUACAGGUGGAUCAGGGUUGGAAGAGUCUGGGCUGUUUUUAGACCUUCCGGUCAGCUGUAUUUGUGUAAUGAGAUUUGUAAUAAAUAGAAAAACCUUCUGCUCUGAUCAGUCCUCGUACUUUGGCCUCUCCUAAGCCCAGAGCACUCCUGCCCCUCAUCUGAGGCCUAGCAGAGGAGAAUCACAGCUUUCUGCUGAUCAAAUAUACCAUGAGUAGGACAACUCAAGACUCAGGCAAACCUGGCUGCCUUUUGUCUCUUGCUCAUUUCUUGUGAAGUCAAAUCUUCCUCCUCUCCAUCCCCACCUUAAAGAUUCUGAGUUCACAGCUGAACAGCCAGGACCCUCUCUUGUUUUCUUCCCAAGGAAGAAACAGAUUCUUGAGAAAGCAGAACCAGGCAGCAUAGAAGAAACAGCUGUAUGACCAUGAAAAGAAGAACACUGGGGCCCAAGAACAAGGCACUGGAGCAGACUGCUGCCAUCCAAACACAACCAAGCAUUUAUUGAACACUUACUGCAUGCCGGACACUUGGGAAAGACAGAUGAACGACCCAGGCAAUGUCCCUGUAGUCAAGGAGACAGACUAUCAACAAGCCCAUACCUGAAAGAACAACUCCAGACAGUGAUAAGAACUCUAGAAAACAAGGUACUGUGAUCAGGAAGGGGAGGGAGGUGCACAACUUAGACCAUCUGGAAAAGCCUCCCUGAGGAGUUGGGAUCGGAGUUGAGACUUGAAUCGCAGGGAUCAUAUGUCUUAAGAUGUGAGGCGGGCAUUUAGCACAGAGGGAGCAGCAUCUAGUCUUGUUGAAGGACUACGAUCACUGUAACUACAGAAUGGUGAGGUUAGGGAGUGGAAGAUAGCAGAUGAAAGGGAGGCAGGGGGCUUGUGAGGGCCUGACAGGAAGCUUGAAGUUGAUACUUUAGUUGGGAAUUCUCAGUCAGUUAAGGCUCUUUAGGUGAAAAUCUUCCCUAACCUAGCUGAACUAAUAAAGAUAACACUGGCUCACAAAACUGAAAGGAGGAUUAUCGGCUUCAGGAAUGGCUUGAUCAGGACUGAGCUCUAUUUCUCUGGGAUUCUUUUGGCUCUGCCCUCCUACAUUGGCUUCAUCCACAGGCUGGCUUCCUUUAUGAUGAUCAUGGUGCCAAAAGUGGUUGGUACAAUUCCAGGCCUCACGUCCUCACCUGGAAAAAUAGCUCAGAGGUACGAACCAUCUUUCCCUUACCAGCUAUUGUAGGAGGCAGUAAGAAAAGGAAUGAUCUUACAGAGAGUUAACAUUUGAGUGGAGGUCCACAGGGACCCUACCUAAGAAAGGAGUGAAUGAAAGCAUCAGAUGAUGUGGAUCCUCUAGGCAUGCACCACAGAAACAUGAUUCCAGAUAAAUAAAGACAAGAUCGGGAAGGAUCUAAAGAAAUGAUACAGAGUAUUGGCAGACACUAUGAGUAUAAGAUUUCUCUAACAGCCCAGGCUUGGCUCCCUUCCCAGGUGGUUUAAAGUGGAAUCACAGUGUUGUCUCUCCACCUAAGAAUUGCUAACAGAUACGGAGCCAGAAUGCCACAGACACAGUGCAACUCUCUAAAGAAGAAAUGUCCAGAAAACCGAUCGUUGCAGCCCACUCACGUACCACACAUAAGGUAAACGCAAUCGCAAAGGGAAGAGGGGCAGGAAGGGGGAUGAUUCAGAAGAACUGCAAAUGACAACAGUGGAUUCCGGCCAGCGUGACCUGGUGAGUGACUGCUCUGAUUAUAGAACAAACAUUCCAGCCACCCUUUGGGGCAGAGCCAGGAACCGCAGUGCGCGCUCUGGGCAGCAGGCACACUCGGGUGAAC